AUGGCUCGUGGACACGUGCACAGGAACAUCAAGCGGGCGGCCGAGCGGGCGGAAAGGGCUCUCGCUGCCUUCAACGAUCCAAUCCCACCCCUCCCCGGCUCAGAGCGAAGCGCAGCUCAAGAUGUAUAUCAAAUAGGAGAGCUGAGGAGGCGGAUCCUCUCCUUCUGUGGCGCUGGCGACCUCAUAGGGUUCAUGCGGGCGGAGAAGGGGUGCAUGAGGGAUGUGGCGAGGGUGAUCUACUACUCGGUCAAAGUGAGCAAAUUUGAAGGCGUACUGAGUGAGAACGAGGAGCGAGACAAGAUGUACCACAGCGCAGUCUCGGUCGUUCGGGUCGACAAUCACAAAGAGCCUAUCUCCGACCACCUCGUCCAACUCGACACGGUGAUUCCUCAUGUACAACAGCAUUUCGCCAAUGCUCGGUGGAUCGUUUUCGGAGACCGUCGCCAAAUGGGUGGUGAUGAUACGGUAACCGUAUCUCUCGACCGGGCCAGCCACAGAAGCGGUGAUAUCAAGACCAAAACCAUCGUCAACUUCUCUCUCACCCAUACCCUGACCGCGUUCCCCGACCGCCUAGAACCCAUCACAUUCCCUCACAGUCCGCCCAAGAACUACUCCCUCCGUCAUCGCUUCGACCUCAUAAUCCCGCGUGAUCUUGACCCGAAAGCGCCCGCUGCUCUUGCCUGGGUGCGGAACCUCGGGGACAAUGCGUCCCUAGGAUAUCUGCACAAUUGGGCGAGUUUAGGGAAGCUCAAGGUUACCCUCGGCGACCUGGUAUCUCUCUACGGGCACCAGGACGCCAUCGGGUAUCACAGGAGCGAUCGGUUGCAGACCAUCAGCGCCCGGUACAUUGACUCGUACACCAUCCCACAAUUUCGGUCAUUCGCCACCGUGGCGGGCGCCUCCCUGGUCUGCGCAAAGUUCGCUAGCAAAUAUCGGGGCGACAAAGACGGACUCGGCUUUGACGACCUGCAGACGCUCAUCGUCAUUGUAAAGGAGCAUCUGCCAAACCUCAGCGAGCUGAUCAUCUCCCUCGCCGGGGUUGAGCACGCCGAGACGGUAGCUCGGACGGCCCUGCACCCAGAAAUCCUCUCGGAGAGCGGCAGCAUCAAGCGGCUUACUAUCUACUGCGCGCCGUAUUCUGGUCCACUCUUCGAUACCAUCCGCAGUCUCGCUCCGGUGCUAUAUCGUCUGCGGGCGGCAAUCAAUAUCUCACACACGCAGCCAAGUGUAUGGGGAGAGAAGCAGCAGACCGAUUACAUGCGACAUCUCCGGGUCCUACCUCCCUACCAGCGCACCCACUUAUCUACCGUCUCAUUCACUUCCCUCGAUGUCACAUUCCCCCAAUCGGUAUCCAAACUCACCUUCGACGCCAGGGGUUACCCCUACCGCCGUGGUCAAGGCAAAGCGGCGAAAUGGGCGGAAUCAGCGGAAAGCAUUCAGUAUCGUACAUUCACCGACGUCGUACCCUGCAUCGGCAACAUCGGUGAGGCGGCAUCUCAGCUGGAGGGCAUCUCACCCACGGCGUCGCAGCCAGAGAUGCUGCAAAUGUCGUUGCUUCUGCUGGACACGUUACAGGAGGCGAGGAUCAAGGCGCAGGAGAUGGUGGACGCGGUGCAGAAGCAGGAGGGGGAGGUGCAGCGAUACAUUAACUCGUUGGUGGCGAUGGCGGAGGCGUAG